AUGGAUUCCAAGAUCAUAUUCUUCUCCAUCACCCUUCUGUUCAGUAGUGGUGCAGCCAUGAACAUCACCACUACAGUCACUCUUCCUUUAGUCAAUCACAACUCUGCAAAUACAAAUUCAGUUCUUGCAGCUUCUCCAGUUCCAUCUCCUUCUAGCCCGACCAAUGCCCCGUCUGCUAACCCGACCCCGACCAAUGCCCCGUCUGCUAACCCGACCCCGACCAAUGCCCCGUCUGCUAGCCCAACCAGCACCCCACCUGCCAGCCCGAACGGCGCCGUCCCUACUAGCCCGAACGGUGCCGCCCCUACUAGCCCAAGCACUAAUCCUCCUCAACCUGCUGGCCCAAUCACACCCGGGGCAGCGCCUAGCCCAAGGAAGAUGUUGUCGCCAUCACUGCCACCAAAUAUUAUCACGCCUGCCGCAUCACCUGCCCCAACUGGAGAUGAAGAGGACUCCAGUGUUGAAAGUUUGAGGGUUAGUGCACGUAUUAUUGUUGCAGCAAUAGUGUCAUCCAAUCUAUUCCUCAUGUUGAUGGCUUGA